AUGUGUGGUUGUUUUGCAGGUUCCUUUCGAUUCAGUUUAAUCAUAAGUACCAGAGUUGCAUUAUGCCUUAUUUGUCAGGCCGGUGAUGGGAAAACAAAACAAGCAAGAUCAAAUGAAAAACCAAAGAAAAAGCAAGUGAAACCAACAUAUACUGGUGCUAGAGAUUCAGACUAUAUUCCUGAUUUGUGUGAUGGUAAUGAUGGAGAUUACCACAAAGUUUCUAGAAAUGUUGAAGUAUCCAAAAAGCAACAUCGUCCAGAGUAUAUUGCACCAAUGUCCAUGAAUAGACUUGCUAAUUUUACAAGGCAACGUCGGGCGAUUGCUCCAAAUAAUGGAGGAAAGAGACAAUUAGCUCUUGUUGAUGAGGAUGAGAAUGAUGAGAUAUCUGAAUCUGAUAUGGAAAAAUCUGGUUUGAAAGAUGAUGUCAAUGAAGGACGUAUUGUGCAAUGUGAAGUCACUUCCUUAUCCACAACCAUUUCUCUCAUCCGCAGUCAAGUUCAGCAACCGCAGUAGUCGUCAUCAACUUUUAGUCUUAGUCUUUUAUCUGUUUCUCUUAUUGUACUUUCUUUUAUCCAAUGUGCCUUGCAUGGCAACUUUAAACAAAUAAGACUCUUUGUAAUCUUUGAGACUCUAUAAAAAGGAGUUCUCUCUUUCUGAAAAAUACACAUCUAUCU